GUGACUAAUACUGGACCAGCUGUGAAUUACCAUGCUCAUAUACUGUACUUAUUUCCUAUUUUCUUCCUGUUUAGACAGGUGCAUCAGCAAAUCAUAGUCCCCAUGUGUGGGUGAAGAGAAGUGAGGCUGGGAUUUAGUCUCUGUUGACACCUCCGCACAUUCAUGGUGAAGCAGGAGAGAGAAACACAGACAUGCAGACAGAAUGAAUAGAAAGAGGAGGACAGAGGGAGCGAGAGAGAAGAGUGAAAGAGACACAAGAUAUAUUUGACUAUGUGGGUGUGUGAAGUAUCAAGGCAUGCAUCAUAAUUGUGGAUUCUUCUCGGAGCAGCCGGACGUGUCACUGCAGCAGCAGCAGGACAUUAUUGCUCUCACAAAGUGUGUUAUUUUCUACUUUAAAACAGUGGGAGCUGAGAGCGCAGAGGGCAACACAAGAGACGCUUUCAAAGACAAAAUGGAAACCGUUUUGUGUCUGCUGCCUCAAGGAUUUCAUCAACUGGGAUUAUAAGAAAUACUUGAACUAGUUGGAGUGAUGCAGACUGGAAUAUAAUGAUGCCUCUUCACUGUCAAUAAGCAAGAUUUCGAGUCAAGAAUUUGUCUGAGAUGGCUGUCAGCCCUACCAUCCUCCUCCUCCUGCUGUCACUAGCUGUCUCUGGCUCAGCCCACCCGUCUCCUCCACCUCCUCGGGGCUGCAGUGUGGAUGUGGACCCUCCGUACCGGGUGCUGUGUGACCUGGAGGCGGUGUGGGGUGUGGUCCUGGAGGCCGUGGCCUGCAGCGGCGGCCUGGCCUCUCUGGUCCUCGCCGUGCUGCUGCUGGUCAAGCUGCGCUCCAUCUCCGACCCGGCCCGGCGCUCCGGGAUGGGCCCUCUGCUCCUGCUGCUGGGCACGCUCCUGGGGCUCUUCUCCAUCUCGCUGGCUUUCCUGGUGGGGAAGAACCAGGCGCUCUGUGUGGUCCGCAGAGCCUUCUGGGGGCCCCUCUUCGCCCUCUGCUUCUCCAGCCUGCUGGUGCAGGGCGUGAGGCUCCGGAGGCUGGUGGCGGGGAAGGCGAGCCCGUCGGGCAGCUCUCUGGCGGCGCUGGGCCUGGCCCUGGCCCUGGUCCAGGGGAUCAUCUCUGCUGAAUGGGUCCUGCUGACUGUAGUUAGAGAGGGGCACCCGGCCUGCGAAUACCCGCCUUUAGACUUUGCUCUGACGUGCAGCUACACCCUGGGGCUGCUGCUCAUCGCCAUGGGGCUCUCCCUGGCCGUGGUGCUGUGUGGAGGAGAGAUGGUGUCAGAUGGAGCAGGUGGGAGUGAAGAAGAUCGAGAAGGAGAUAGUGAAAAACGGAGAUGGAAGUGUAACGCCGUCUGGCUCUUCCUGUCCAGUCUGGCCUCAGCGCUGCUCUGGGUGGCCUGGCUGGGCUUCUACCUGUACGGCAGCCAGGCGCUGAGGGGGAAAGGGAAGGGAGGAGGGAAGAAGGAGGCGAAGGUGUUGGACGAGCCGGCGCUGGCGGUGGCGCUGGUCAUCCAGGGCUGGAUCCUGCUGCUGCUGCACGCCAUCCCAGAGGCCCACCUGUGUCUCCGGAACCCGCCACAAACCACCACGCAGGACUUCUUCGACACCAGUAACACCUCCCCUCCUCCACAUUUCGGAGACGAGCUCCCAGCGCACUCUCACCGACCCUUCCCCGAGAACCAGUCCUUCUCUAUCGAGGAGCACGGCGCAACUCUCCGGAGUGGAACGUACCACAGCAGCCACGGCAGCAUGCGUCCUGGUAUCGCCUUCAGAGGCCACGUCUACCAGCCCACUGAGAUGGCUCUGGUCAUGAACGGUGGAACAAUGCCCACCGCUCCAGUUAACUACACUGGACGACGGUUAUGGUAA